AUGGACCCAAUUGGAGCCCCAAUUGGGACCCAAGUGAAAAACACCUCCUUUUUAGUUGCCACAUUGUCACUAAGUUCGGGCAGUUUGCUGUUUACAUCCUUGAACAGACUGCUUCCCCAGUCGUCCAAGUACUUCAGCCGGACCAGUUUAUCUGAAACGCACCCGCAACUGCCGCAGAUCUUGAUGGUGUUGUUCUUCUUUGUUGGAAUCAUAUGCUGCUCACUUCUCAAUCUGGUGAUUCAUUUCUUCACCAACGAGAGCAUCGUCCAUUGCGUGCACGACGAGGAGCACGGCAGCGAUACGUCGAGUCUUCCGGAGAUGCAACAUGUCAACGAGACAACCCCGUUGCUGGACUGUUCCAAGAAGAUCCACGACCACUCAACUUCCUCAGAUAACCUGCACCACCACUCAGCCCCGCACGAUAUCCACUCGCAUCCGUCUUUGGAGCCAAAGAAGAUGUCAUUGGUGGACAUGUCGCUCAAGACGCUGAAGGGCAAAGAAUUAGAGGGCCAAUGCUUGGGUAGUAUUGAUGCCUGUCAAGAUGAGUUGAUUGCUCGUCACAAAUUGCACGACGGAAAAGGUCUCACCCACGAGGACCUACAUUUCUGCACUCUUCCAAGUCAGGAAAACCUCAUGUUCUUCACCAAGGACAGAGAGAUGAUCGUCCAGAAAAGCGACAUUUGCUCUCGAUUCCCGGAACUCGAGGUGAAUUCUCCUCUUUUGGUGGACGACGUGGAGUCGGGCUCGCUCCAUAACAAGAUCAGCCACAAAGACUUCUCCAAAUUCAAGAGUCACAGCACGCACUCGUUGCAGGAUCACCACUCCCACGAGCACUUCCAUAACAACAACGAUCUGUCGUACGGCGAGCACCACCACCACCAUAUUCAGACUCCUCUUUCCAAGCUGUUGUCCAUCGGUCUCCAGACGGUCCUGGCAAUCACUUUGCAUAAGUUCCCCGAAGGGUUUAUCAUGUACUCCACAUCUCAGGCCGAUCCUAACUUGGGUAUCGCUAUUUUCCUGUCCAUGUUCAUCCACAACUUUGUGGAAGGAUUUACCAUGACUCUGCCACUAUCCAUUGCGUUGAACAGCAAGUCACGGGCAUUUUUCAUCAGUGGAAUCUUGGGUGCUUGCGCCCAGCCCAUUGGAGCGUUGCUGGGAUGGGUCGUGUUCAAAGGAGACAUGAACCUGGACCUGGACGCCAAUCUGCUGCUGUUUGGGUCGCUGAUCGCAUUGACUUCUGGAUUUUUAACGUUCAUCGGGUUCCAGAUGGUUGCUAGUGCGGUCGGGUUUGGUGGCCAACAAGAGAAGGUGCUUGCUUGUCUGUCAAAUAAUAAAAGUAAACUGGAAUUUAUUUUGUUCGGUAUGGGUCAAAAGACAAGUAAGCUAAAUAAAGAAGACAUCUCGUCGCUCCGCCAGGAAACCAAGUUUUCCGCCAGAGAACUGCAGCAAUGGUAUAAAGGGUUCUCGCGUGAUGUGCCGAACGGCCAAUUAUCCAAGGAGGAAUUCAUCAAGAUUCACAAGCAGUUUUACCCAUUUGGAGACCCCACGGAGUUUUCCAUGUACGCGUUCGAGGCCUUCGACACUAGUUACAAGGGGUACAUCGAUUUCCACAGCUUUAUUGUGUCGCUCAGUUUGGCCUCGCGGGGCGCGAUCGAGGAUAAGUUGAAGUGGUCGUUCAAGAUAUACGACAGAGACCACGACGGAUCCAUCAGCUACAAAGACCUUUUAACCGUCAUUAGAAGCAUCUAUAGAAUGGUGGGGACCAGCACUAUGCGAUUGGAUGAGGAUGAGGCGACUCCCGAGCUCAAGGCCACUAAAAUAUGGCGAGGUUUUGGCAAAGACAUGCAAAACUCACAAGAUGUAAUUUCCCUUGGCGAAUUCACCGACUACAAAAACCUUGGGCCCGAGGUGCUCGAGGCUCUCAACCUAUACAACGAUCUAGUGUGA